AUGAGACUCCUGCUCCUGACUUUUACUGUCCUUGUGUUCCUACCACAAGUGACCCCAGCCUAUGGUGGUAGAAGAAAAUGCUGGAACAACUCAGGGCACUGCAGGAAAAAAUGCGCUGCUGAUGAAGUAAUAAAAGCAGUAUGUAAGAAUCAUCAAUCCUGCUGUGUUCCACGCCAAAGACUAGUGGUUUCGGUCAAGGAAACUAUCACUUCUUCCCCAACCACGUAUGGUUGGGAAGGAGAGGCUAUGGAUAGAAUUGUAUCAGUAGCACCUACUUCAACCUACUGGGAAUAA